CUCAGUCUUCUUAUCCAUCUUCUCCUUCACAGGAGGAAAAAAAAAUGGCGCUUCUCUUAUCCUGCGCCCUAACGCCCCUAAAACCAGAAGCGCACAAAUUUCCUUAUCCUACUCACUUCAGCUUCUCUUCAACUCCCACUCGAUUCCGCACCGUCGUUGUCCUCUCUGCAAUCUCGACGCCAGAGAAGAAAACCCGCAAGAAGAAGCAAUCGAAAGAUGACGAUUCUUCUUCUUCUUCUUCUUCUUCUUUGGCCGCUUCGAUCUCGACAAUGGAGAAAGGGCUGAGGUUUACGUUCAUGGAGGAGCUGAUGGGUCGGGCACGGGCUCGCGACGUUGCUGGCGUGUCUGAUGUCAUCUAUGACAUGAUCGCUGCAGGCCUGAGCCCUGGGCCCCGCUCCUUCCACGGCCUGAUUGUCUCGCAGACGCUCACUGGCGAUGUCGAGGGCGCGAUGCAGACAUUGCGAAGGGAGUUGAGUGCAGGCCUUCGUCCUCUGCAUGAAACAUUUGUUGCUUUGAUUCGCUUGUUUGGUUCUAAAGGCCAUGCAACCAGGGGCUUAGAGAUUCUUGCAGCAAUGGAGAAGUUGAACUUUGACAUCCGUCAGGCUUGGCUAAUUCUCGUUGAGGAGCUAGUCAGAAACAAUCAUUUGGAAGAUGCCAAUAAUGUAUUUUUGAAGGGUGCGAAAGGAGGACUAAGAGCCACUGAUGAGUUGUAUGAUCUUUUAAUUGAAGAAGAUUGUAAAGCUGGUGACCAUUCUAAUGCUUUGACCAUUGCCUAUGAAAUGGAGGCUGCGGGAAGAAUGGCAACUACAUUUCAUUUUAAUUGUCUUCUUAGCGUACAGGCUACUUGUGGAAUACCAGAAAUUGCUUUUGCAACCUUUGAGAACAUGGAAUAUGGCGAAGAUUUUAUGAAACCCGAUACGGAGACAUAUAACUGGGUGAUCCAAGCAUACACCAGAGCUGAAUCCUAUGACAGGGUGCAGGAUGUAGCUGAAUUACUUGGAAUGAUGGUUGAAGAUCACAAGCGUCUGCAACCAAACGUGAAGACAUAUGCGCUGUUGGUGGAGUGCUUUACCAAGUAUUGUGUCAUAGGUGAAGCUAUCCGGCAUUUUCGUGCUCUCAAGAACUUCCCAGGAGGAGUGGAAGUUUUAUAUAACGAAGGGAACUUUGGGGAUCCACUUUCUCUUUAUCUUCGGGCUUUAUGCCGAGAAGGAAGGAUUGUUGAGUUGCUUGAAGCUUUAGAAGCAAUGGCGAAAGAUAAUCAACCCAUUGCCCCAAGAGCAAUGAUCUUGAGCAGAAAAUAUCGUACGUUGGUGAGCUCUUGGAUCGAACCAUUACAGGAAGAGGCUGAACUUGGAUUUGAGAUUGAUUAUAUUGCAAGGUAUAUAGCAGAGGGGGGCCUUACAGGUGAACGCAAGCGCUGGGUGCCACGCAGAGGAAAAACCCCUCUGGAUCCUGAUGCCCUUGGAUUUGCUUAUUCAAACCCAAUGGAAACAUCUUUCAAACAGCGGUGUCUUGAGAAUUGGAAGUCACACCAUCGUAAGCUCCUGAAGGCCCUGAGGAAUGAGGGACCUGCUGCUUUAGGGGAUGUAUCUGAAUCUGAUUACCUCAGAGUGGAGGAGAGAUUGAAGAAAAUCAUUAAAGGUCCUGACCAAAAUGCUCUGAAGCCAAAGGCUGCCAGUAAGAUGAUAGUCUCUGAAUUGAAGGAAGAAUUAGAAGCACAAGGGUUGCCUAUAGAUGGAACCAGAAAUGUUCUCUACCAGCGGGUUCAAAAAGCAAGAAGAAUAAACCGUUCCCGUGGUCGGCCUCUUUGGGUUCCUCCUGUGGAGGAAGAAGAGGAAGAGGUGGAUGAAGAACUGGAUGAAUUGAUUUCACGGAUUAAGUUGGAAGAUGGAAACACAGAGUUCUGGAAGCGUCGUUUUCUUGGAGAAUGCAUAGAUGAUGUUCAUGGAAAGCUUGCUAGCAAUGAAGAUUCAGAGUUUUCAGACGCAGCAGACAAUGCCGAUGCUGUAGAUGAUAUCUCAAAAGAGGCGGAAGAUGAUGAGGCCGAAGAAGAGGAGGAGGAGGAAGUUGAACAGACUGAAACUGAAAGUCAAGGAGAGAGGGUUAAGGACAAAGAAGUGGAAGCAGUUAAGCCUCUCCAAAUGAUUGGGGUGCAGUUGCUGAAGGAUUCUGACCAAACAACUACCACAGGAAGGAAAUCAAGGAGGAAAGUCCGCCGAGUACCAGUGGAGGAUGACAAUGACGAUGACUGGUUCCCUGAGGAUAUACAUGAAGCAUUUAAGGAAAUGAGAGAGAGAAGAAUUUUUGAUGUUUCAGAUAUGUAUACCAUUGCAGAUGUUUGGGGUUGGACAUGGGAAAGAGAACUCAAAAUGAGACCUCCUCAAAGAUGGUCUCAAGAAUGGGAAGUCGAGUUAGCAAUCAAAAUAAUGCUAAAGGUGAUCGAAUUGGGUGGAACACCAACUAUUGGAGACUGUGCCAUUAUACUGCGAGCGGCUAUAAGAGCUCCCCUCCCUUCAGCUUUCUUGAGAAUUUUGCAGAUUACACACAGCCUGGGUUAUGUUUUUGGAAGCCCACUGUAUGAUGAAGUCAUCUCACUGUGUCUUGAUCUUGGAGAAGUCGAUGCAGCCAUUGCGAUUGUUGCAGACAUGGAGACCACCGGAAUCAAAGUUCCUGAUGAAACCCUAGACAAGGUGCUCUCUGCAAGGCAGAACACUGAUCCUGGUGACCCUGUUCUUGAUGAAUCUUGACAGCCCCCAACCCAUCUGCAAUUAGAGCUCGAUGCAUUUCAUGACCCUGUGCAGCACUUGCAUCAUCGUUUUUUCAUGGUGCCUCAUGCCGAUUUGGCGCUUCGACCAGAGACAUGCUGCAACUUUGUUUAACAAAUGGGAAGUUGUUUCUGAACUGAGGUAUUUUGUGGGCACACUUCGAGUGGUAUAAAUGUAAAUGUCCAAAAUGCUAAUUUUUAUUAGUCAUCUUGUUUCAAACAUGCAACUAUCUUAAUACUAAUGAAAAUGGGAAAUUUUCCUUACUUUUUCCAA